CACAAAACCACGUUCCCACACCCAAUACACCUCUCUUCGCCUAACAAUCCCACACACCAUCAGACCGACGUGGAACACUCUUAAAAUGUCGCACGACUCCGUCUGGUACUCGCGCCCACGCACCUACGGCAAGGGCUCGCGGAGCUGUGUGGUCACCGGCGAGAAGAAGCACGCGGGUGUGAUCCGCAAGUACGGGCUCAACAUGAGCCGGCAGGCGUUCCGGGAGAAGGCGGCGGAUAUCGGGUUCGUCAAGGUGCGCUGGAGAGUUUCGAGCGAGGUGCGGAAGAGAACGCGCUGA